AUGGCAGAUCGCCUGACACAGCUUCAAGACUGCUAUGAUCAACUAGCAACACAAUUCUACGCUUCCAUCCGUUAUCUAUCGCUCCACCACAAUUCCUCCGCCCUCACACCCCCACCCCCACCUCCUUCCAACUCUCAACACAAUCACAAUAAUAGCAACUCCAACGCAAAUCCCAAUUCCAACCACGAGCAACCUGAAUCCUUCUCAUACCCACCAGAACAACGUCCCGACACCCCCACCGCGUUCGCAUUCGCGCAGCGAGAACUAGCCCAAGAUCUACUACUCAAAGCAAAGCAGAUUGAGUAUCUCAUCAGUGUGUUGCCGGGUGUAGAGAAUAGUCAGGAGAAACAGAAGGCGCGGAUUACGGGGCUGGAUGCCGAGCUUGGGCAAGCGUUGGAAGAGCGAAAGAAGGCCGAGGAGGAGAGGGAGCUUUGGCUAGGAAAGGUCGAUGGGAUCAUUGGGGGAAUAAGGCGGUGA